AAAUCAAUCGACAACAACCAAAAUGGCAUUCGUCUGGAUCUUAAGCCUCGCCUUCUUCGUGGGUGCCUCGUCGGCUUCUCACUUUCACGACAUCGCUGGAGCUAACUCAACCUUAGCGAGAGUCCCGUCUGUCGUGCAAGUGGAGUUCCUACAACCGUGGGGUGUCUGGCAGCAGAAGGGUGCAGCUACCAUCAUCAACAACAGAUAUGUUCUUACUGCGGCCUCUCUGUUCUCUGGACCAGAUUAUAACCCGAUGUACCGUCGCGUUCGUGCUGGUUCCAACUUCCUUAGCUCCGGUGGUGUUAUCAACUACGUCGAAAAAGCAAACAACUACCCAGCAGGAAACUAUACCAACCAGCCCAGAGACAUCUCUGUAGUGAGACUAGCCGCCGUUAUCCAGUACACUCCUAUGAUCCAGCGGGCUUUUAUUGCGGCGGCGGGAUCCAUCAUCCCCAACGGCCUAACUCUGUCCCAGGCGGGUUGGGGUUCUAGAAAUACAUCAAACGCUUUAACCGUUGCUCCAGUCAUGACGGUCAGCACCAACCAGUGCGGUUUCAACCAGACCGCUUUCAACCAGACCGCUUUCAACACCACCGUCCUCUGCGGAAGCCUUGUUCAAGGAUAUAACUUCUCCAACGCGGACGCCGGCAGUCCCUGGAUCUUUGACAACAUCACCAUCGGCGUCGUCUCCGGUUUGAAUUUCGAAAAUUCCUCUUGGCCCGGCAUCCUCAGUGCUUCAAUAUCUUAUUACACCAACUGGAUCAUAACAACCGCCGUCUAAUUGAUGAGCGCCGCAUUUGUAUAGACUGAUGCCAUUUAUAAAUUCCAAUUAAACGAAUUU